AUGGCAGCUGCUAAAACCCCACCUGAAAAGUAUAGUGACCCGCCAAUGAAUUACUUAAUCAAAACCAAAGACUUUUAUAAACGAAUUGACAACGAGAGCGAUCAAACUUUCUGCCCCAAUAUGGGAGCCAAUGUAACACUGUUGAUGCUGAUAACUUCGUCUCCAGAUCACAAUGAACAACGACUCUCAAUACGCAGAUCUUGGGGGUCUUACAGCGAUCGACGAAACGUGUCAAUAAGAUUUGUAUUGGGCCGCUCAUUGAACCAAUCUAUCGAAAAUGAAAUCAUGACUGAAAACCUUCAAUAUGGCGAUCUGGUACGGGGAAAUUUCAUCGACAGCUACUGGAACCUGACGCUGAAAACGAUCACCAUGCUCGAUUGGACCAGCUCCAACUGUCCGGAGGUUAAAUUCAUUCUAAAAACCGAUGACGACAUGUUCAUCAACGUUCCCAGGCUGCUGGCGUUCGUCGAAUCUCAUGCAAGCUCGAAACGGACUAUUUUCGGUCGUCUGGUCGUCAAAUGGAAACCGGCCAGAAAUAAAGGGUCAAAACAUUACAUAACUUUAGAACAAUACUUCCCACCAAUUUUUCCUCCGUUUACAACGGGACCAGCGUACCUGAUGACUUCGGAUGUCGUAGCAGAUUUGUACAAAACCGCACUAGCUCAAACCUACAACCAGCUGGAGGAUGUGUUUAUCACCGGAGUGGUGGCUCAGUUACUCAACAUCAAGAGGAUCAACAUGAAAGAAUUUCUCAAUCAACCGUUGUCACCGAUGGAUGAAUGUACAGUACAAAAAUUCAUCAGCAUCCAUCGGGUCAACUCUACCGAUCUGUUGAGGUUGUGGGAGAAAUUGUCCGAUGAUAGUUUAAAAUGUGGAUAG